CAAAUAUUUCUCACAAACAGAGUAGACUCGAUGAAUCCGGUAGGAGAUGACACAAUGUUUUUCCCUACAAUUGUAUUUACUGGAGAGGUGAUAUACAGUCCUGGUGGAAUUCUUAAGGCUAAAUGUCCGACGGAUAUAUCGAAAUUUCCCUUUGAUAGUCAGACAUGUACUCUACAAUUGAUGCCAUGGGGAUUUGUUAAAUCGAAUCUUUUACUAUCUGCCAAUUUUGAUAAAGCUCAGCUUGACUUCUUUUCUGCACAUUCAGACUGGAAUCUGUUAGAAUACUCUACGAACGUUGUAAAUGAGUCUUUGGGUUACAGUGUGUUAAACGUGAAACUUACCUUUAAACGCGAGCCGUUGUAUUUCGCGGUGAUGAUUAUUCUUCCGACACUUCUAUUUUCACUUUUGAAUCCAUUAGUUUUCAUCUUACCAGUAGAGUCUGGAGAACGAGUGUCAUUAUCGAUGACAAUUUUACUUUCAUACGCCAUAUUUUUAACACUUGUAUCAGCUUCGAUUCCCGCCUCUUCGAAUCCAAUGUGCGUUUUGUUAAUUGCUAUGAUCGCUAUUAUCUCGAUCAGCGGAGUAAUCGUAAUUGGUUCCAUUAUCAAUGCAAAAUAUUUCUACCUGGAAAAUGGCGAAAACAUUGGAAUAGUGAUGAAAUCUUUCACCAUAGUAUGGACGAGGAAAACGAACAAAGUGGUUCCAAUAGAUGAAUACAAAGAACCGGCUAUUAGGGGAAAGGAUAUAACGGAGAUGUUAGAUUUUCUUUUUUUCUAUGGAACAUAUAUUUCAAUCAUUGUAAUCAUUUCUGGUUAUUUUUUGUACGUUUUGUUAUAAUGGUUUGAAAAUUAUCCAAUCAGUUAACAGUCAAGGUAGUUUAUGCUUCCUACAUGCUAUCAUAUGUGAAACAUUUCAACAAAAUGCAUAAGUAUUGCAAAC